AUGGCCUGCAGUAGAUGAAAUGAGUUAAAACACCUGUGUGAGACAGGAAGUAGCAGGGGUCAGGUGGGUGCUGCAGGUCAUGGUGGAGCUGCACGCUGAGUGUGAACACCUGUAGCGUCCCUGUGGUUUACAUGGAACGAACUGAGGAGAGAGGCAGCACGCCGGGCAGGAUGCCUCUGAACGCGGGAGACACCGGGUACGGCAGCGUGCGAGGCUCAGUGCUGUCGAGCAGCGUGGCGGCCUCCGAGUCCUCCCCGCUGCUCAUCCCGGAGGGGGAGCCGGAGCCCGGGGCGGUCCACCGCUGGAAGCCCCUGUCCAGGGAGCAGCUGGAGGCCGCCGCGGGGGGUCCGGGGUGGAGGAAGGUGCGCUGCUACCUGGUGCUGCUCUUCUGGCUGGCCUGGCUGGCCAUGCUCGCCAUCUCCAUCGCCAUCGUGGUGAUGAGCCCCCGGCCGGACGUGACCCCGCUCCGGUGGUGGCAGAAGACGCAGUUCUACCAGCUGCAGCCCGACAGUGAGGGGCCAGGAGGGGUCCAAGCUCUGUGUGAGCAGCUUCCAUACUUCAGGUCUCUGGGUUUCGGGGCCCUAAUCCUGGCGGGUCUGUUUGACAAAGAGGCGUCUCCUUUAAACGUCACUGGCGAAAGGUUGAAGACUGUGGCUGAGAUCCAGCAUCUGCUAGCAGAGAGCAACAGAGCAGGUCUCAAAGUGGUGUUGGACUUCUGUGAACAGGAAGUCGCAGGAAACCGGCGUUCGAACCUCUCAGCCACACAUACACUGCGGUUCUGGUUGGAGCAGGGGGUGGCAGGGUUUGCCAUCUGUGACACAGACGCAGCGUAUUCAGAAAAGACUCUGGUGGAGUGGAGAGGUGUCUUCAAAGAAUUCAGCACUGAGGAGGACAAGGAAAGGAUACUGGUGGUGAAACAGACAAGAGAAGUUCUGCGUCCUCUGAACAACAUCACGCUGGUGGAUGUGGUCAUGAGGUCGAUUCUGCCGUCUUCACGACACCUCCUGUCUGCCAACGAAGUCGCAGAUGCCAUAGAGACGCACCUGCAAACAAGAGAAGACGUCAUAUGGCCCAGCUGGACAGUUGGAGGACAAGUAUCACGCGACUUGAAGAAAUUACUCCUUGUGCUGAUGAUGACGCUGCCAGGAUCACCUGCAGUCCGAUAUGACGAAGACCUCGACCAAACACAGAACGUGUCUAUGAAGGUCGGCUGGUCACAUGGAGAGGCCACAGAACCAGACACUAGUACAGACAGGGAGAAGACGAAGCGUUUAGCUGUCGCCCUCUUCACCUCCCUCAGUCGCUCCAGAGGCAGAGAAGAAGCUCUCCUGUACGGCAGCUUCACUUUCCUCCCCUUCAACUCCUCCACCAACUCCUCUUCCUCGUCCUCCUCGAACUCCACUCUGGCCUCUCCUUCAUCCCCGCCGAUCCUGGCCUUCCUGCGCUCCUGGGGUUGCGUCCACUUCCUCAUCCUUCUCAACGUUGGCCCAGAGAUGAACAGACUGGACCCUGCCUGGGCCCCGAGCCUGCCCGUGGCUGGAGUGUUUGUCACCAGCACAGAGAUGGACCGACUGGGGUCCAUGACUCUGGACAAACUGGAGCUACGGCCCCACGAAGCCAUCGUCAUCAAACUGUUUAAGGCGGGAAGCUACUCGUAGAGCUUCUUCUGUUAGCGGUUGUGUGGACAUUAAGAUUAAGAUAACAUUGAGAUUUGAGUUUUCCUCUCACAGGUUGACAAAUGUCUAAAACUUUUUUUUUUAAAGUUGUGAUUGGUAUGUGCUCAGAGGUCACAGAAAAUAAAAUGAUGGUAAUGUCUGGCAUCAUUUGUUGUCACUAAGCAUGUUUUAGUUGGAGUGACAUAACUUCAGAUAUGUAGAAUUUUGAAAGAAACGCAAAUGAAUCCGCUGUGAUUGUUGUCAUUUGAGAUAACUGUCAGCAAUCCCCUCCAUCUGCUCUACAUCACCACACUUGAAUGACUUCUCUCUUUUUUUCUUCAUACAUAAUACUGAGAGUUUAUUUAAAGGUGCACAAUGUUACUUUUUCUGGGCCUCUAAACAGAUGGUUUUGCAAACUGUCUCUAACAUCAGUUUUUAUUUUCUUAAAUAUUUUGAGUUUGCAAACAAUUGAGUAAAACAGUCUUGUAUUUGAUUUAUGGCAGGGUGAGAACAAAGAGGGCAUCGCUGAGUUACUAGAACUGUUAAGAAAGCUCCACAGUGCACCUUUUUAAUAUUUUUGGUGAUUUACAGGAAUGCAUAAAUCUUCAGAGAAAAGCUGGAAUAAUAGAUGACAGACAUUGCAUUGCACUUUUAUAGCUGAAAUUUCUCUGCAGUACUUGUAUAUCACCUUGCGGGGCAGCUGGAUUCACUAGAAAAUGUUUGAUUAUUACCGACCUCUCUUCAAUGAUGUCAAAGCGGUCAUAUAACAAAAGAAGCAUUCGAAAUGUCACGGUUCUUUUCCAGUAAUUCUUCCAAACAUGUGGCCUCUGUUAUGAACAAAAUGAAGCCUCUCU